AGAGGAGGGAGAGGGAGAGCAGGGAAGGGAACGGAGAGAUCGGACAGAGCGGUGCGGAGCGGAGCAGAGUGGAGUGGAGACUCGAUCAGACGGACGAGUCGAGUCAUGCACACCAUCCACGGGCUCUGCAGAUUCUGCAUCGGCUGCAGACUACCACAGGUGACCAUCCUUCGAGGUAAAGAUGGCUAUGGCUUUACCAUCUGCUCCGACUCCCCAGUGAGGGUGCAGGCUGUCGACCCAGGCGGUCCAGCUGACCAGGCGGGUCUUCAGCAGUUGGACACUCUGCUGCAGCUCAAUGGCCAGCCAGUGGAACAGUGGAAGUGUGUAGACCUCGCGCACGCCAUACGUAACAGUCAUAAUGAGAUCACGGUGGUGGUGUGGAGGACGGGUCCGUCGGUGAAGUCCGCGUACGAGGGCCUGAUCCACCGGCCCUCCCACAAGCCGCAGCAGUCACAGCACCCCCCCUCUGGCUACGAGCCCCCGCCGUCGCCGCCCAGCAAGAAACGGCAGGACAAGACCCCCCCCAUACCCCCCCUGCCCACUCAUCACAACCGCACCCGGCGCGUGCUGGUGAACGGCUCGGAGGGCAUGGUGGGGGGUGCGGGAGGGCUGUUGGUGGGCGCGGGAUGGGAGGAUUCGGCGCCCGCAGCAGCCACCGAUGGCAAGGGACCGGCGCCAGGUCACCGAGCGCACACGCAGACGCUGCGCGGGACCCGCGUCAAGGCCUCCAACGGGGACGACUACAUCAUCCUGUCCCCCAUCACCCCCGGCAGCCAGGUACUGCGUCCUGUCUAUGCUGACAGCCACAGUACAAUGGCUGGUAGAGUGUUUCCACCUCCGCGCCAGGCCAGCGUACCUCAGAUGCAACAGGGUGGCGACGGUGGGAGUGGCUUAGGCUGCAUGGCAGGUGUGGCCCCGCCCACGUCCGGCAGACCCAACUUCCUGCGCCGAUCGGCCAAUAGCAAGUCACCCAAGAACCCAUCGUCCAAUCAGAGCUCUCAGAACUUUGCCAACUACCAGAAUUGCACCAUUGUGCGUUCGCACGCGUCCCACGGCAACUAUGGCUAUGUCAAGGUGGCGCCAAAGAUCCUCAUUUUCCCCAUGUUUGUGCAGCCAAUUGACCUGUGUAGUCCCAAGAGGACGCUGGAGGUGUCAGAGGAGAUGAUCCUACACGAAAGCAAGCACCAGUCACAAAAGGUGACUGUGUUCAUAUACACAGACCUUAUGCUGGUGACCAGGGAGGAUGAGCCUGGCCGCUGUAAUGUCCUUCAGAACCCUCUAUACCUCAAGCAGCUCAGACUACAGGAAGAUCACACAGAGGAACUCAAGUUCUAUCUCAUCCACAUGACCGAGAAGUGUGACUGUCUGCUGAGCCUGGAGGCGUACUCUGUGGAGCAGAAGAGGCGUGUGUGCCAGUGUCUGAGGGACAACAUCCACAAGCAGCUUCAGCAGCAGCGCAGGGACAACUUCGCCUCCAUGGAGCAGAUGCUGGAGCCUAAGCUUGCGGAGUCGUGCUACGUGGACGUCCCUCCCAGGGGAGUAGGUGUCGGGGGCGUCGGGGUCGGCGUCGGCGUUGGCGGUGGGGGUGUCUGUAUCGGCGGCGCCAGCGACUCAGACCCGUCCCUCAGCAGUCCCUCGGAGGCUCCCGUCCCCACCAGCCCCCCCGGCAGUGACCUCACGUCCCUGGGGGGCUCCUCCUGCACCCCCCUGGACGAGAGCAUGAAGGUGCCCCCCACACCGCCCCCCUCCACCGAGGGAGAGGAGGAGGGCAAGAGCACGGAGUGGGAGGGGGAGGGGGACAGCUGGAGGGGGGGCCGGGGGGAGGAAGAGGAUCACCGGAGCUUCAGCGCGGCCGAGACGGAGCAGGCAGAGACGGGGGAUGAGGAGUCGCUCACAGGUGCCUGUGGAGGAGGAGGUGGAGGCGGAGGAGGAGGGGAUGGAGGUGGAGAGGAGGACAAGAACGGCUCCACCCUAAAUGUGGGCGUGGACGUGGAGGACACCUGCCUGUCAGAGCCCCCGGACACCAACGCGCCUCCAUCCUCCUCCUCCUCGUCCUUCGUCAUCCCCGAGCUCCGGCUGGACCGCUCCUUCAGCGCCGACGCCCUCUCCUCCCCGGCCACCGACGAGGAGUACGACGAGGAGGAGGAAGAGGAGGAUGACGAUGAUGAUGAGGAGGACGAUGACGAUGAGGAGGAGGACAGUGAUGAUGCGUACCUGGAGAGGAGCGACAGUAAGCGCCGCAGCAUGGUGGAGACCACGUCAUCGGGCACCUGCGAGAAGCACGGCCCUGGGGGAGGAGGAGGAGGAGGUGCCAUAGGAGGCGGCCUGAGCGUCCAGAACUCCCUGAGGAGGCGCACCCACAGCGAGGGGAGUCUCCUGCAGGACCCGCGCGCCCCCUGCUUCACCUCCGACAACGCCAUCAACUGCCUGGACACAGGGGGGGGAGGUGGGGGUGGCGACAAGGGCGGCUGGACGCUGCCCUCCCCCAAGACGCUCAAGAAGGAGCUGACCAAGAACGGCGGCUCCAUGCACCAGAUAGCCAUGCUCUUCUCCGGCAGGAAGCUGAGCGGCGGAUCACACUGUAGCUGCGACCACCUCGGACCCGACGGAGCCAAGAAGAAGCGCUCCAAGAAGAAUCUGGCCAAAGACAUGAAGAACCGCCUGGCGUUCCUGAGGAGGCGUAAUGAGUCUCCGGGCAGCACACCGGCAGGCAAGGGCGACAAGACCAUGAAGACAGGAGGAAACAAGCCCACGCCGGAGGAGGCCAUGAAGUGGGGGGAGUCGCUGGACAAACUGCUCGGUCACAAAUAUGGACUGGCGGCCUUUAGAGCGUUCCUACGCACGGAGUUCAGCGAGGAGAAUCUGGAAUUCUGGCUGGCGUGCGAGGAUUACAAGAAGAUUAAAUCGCAAUCAAAGAUGGCAUCCAAAGCCAAGAAGAUAUUCGCCGAAUACAUCGCCAUCCAGUCUUGUAAAGAGGUGAACUUGGACUCGUACACCAGGGAGCACACCAAGGAGAACCUGCAGAACAUCACGCGCUCCUGCUUCGACCUGGCGCAGCGGCGGAUAUACGGCCUGAUGGAGAAGGACUCGUACCCGCGCUUCCUGCGCUCCGAGCUCUACCUGGACAUGGUCAACCAGAAGAAGACCAGCACGGCGUCCACCACCUCCUCGUCCUCCUAGAGGCAGCACGCAGCGCGGGGCGAGAGACGUGCCCCAUGCCCUGUAGCUAUAGCCCCAACUCCUAGGGGCCUUGCCUGGCCUCAACGUAGCAACAGGAGAGAAGUGGGAACUUUUCUCCGAGUUAAGAGGAAGGACGGAAGGGAGAAAGGGAGGCGUGAAAGGAGAGAGAGAGAGAGAGAAAGUGAAGAGGAGAGGAGGUGGCUUUCUUCCUUCUGAUUCCUUCCGUUUUCUUCGUCCGACUUCUCAUCAUCUCCAUCGACCAUCAUCAUCGAUAUCAUCAUUGCCAUCUUUUUCUUUAAAAAAAAAAAAAAGACGUGCCGCCACACUGUCAUGAUUUUUUUUUGAUUGACAAUUGAGGGGCAUGAAGGAAAGACUGAUGGACUUGGACUUGGAUGAUGAGGAGGGAAAGUGGAGACGGGAUGAGAGACUGUGGUGAUGGUGAGAGGCGGUGUUGUUUACAAAGCACGGAACGCAGACAUGGAGAGUCGGAAUGAUGGGGGCGGAAAAAGAGAAAGAGAGAGAAGAGGAGGAGGAGGAGGAGGAGGAGGAGGAGAGAAAGGCUGGAGAGCACAUGUCCUUCAUUCCUCUAGAAGGGGAUUGUGGGUCAACAGACAUUGCCAUGGCGACUGACAUGAACAUUAGUGCUGGUAUUUUCCUUUUCUUUCCUAUUUAAGUUCUAUUUUUUCUUCUUUCCUUCUCUUUUUUUCUUCUCUUCUGCUAUGUAUUUUUGCCCGCCACGCUGGAGGGAGAGAGAGAGGAGAGUGGAGUAGAAAGGGUCGGAGGAAAACACACUCCUGGACAUGAGAGAGACAGUCCGGCACUGUUGCUUCUUCACAAUUGAAUGUCUGUGUGUUAAUGUCGGACUCGUUUCAUUUGUUUUUGUUUUGUUUAGUUUUUUUUUUUUGGUGUUGUUUCUCCAAGUUCCUUCACUCCCUUUCUCUGCUGUGGGAGGUGGAGGAGAUGGAUGAUGGCUUGCUGGUACGACGGGGAGACCACUCAGCUUGCUGCUCUGACACACACACGCACGCACACACGCACGCACACACACACGCACACAAGCACACACGCACUCUUUCAUUCACAACUGUGUAAAUCCCUGUGCUAACAGCUAGAAAACAGUUAAGACCAUAAUGCUCAGUGCUCAACUCCCAAUACAAAACCUUCAAACCAACAACGUGGACAUGAACCACAGUAUGCGCGGCUUGUUACUUCAUCUCUCCUCGUUACCCAUGAUGCACUUGUUUACUACAGCAUGCCCCUUUUUUUUGCAUUCUUGACUUGCACAUAUAGGCUAGCAUGUCCACAAAUCACCCCACCCGAUCCUUUCCCACCACGACUGACUGAUGUUGCAAGCUCAACCAGUAAACCUGUAGAUUAUUCAAACAAAACAAAAUGGACAUACACGACGAAUGGACAAUAAAACAAUAAACAAACUGACAGUUGGACCAAACUGUGUGAUGGAGAACAGCCACUCUCUCAAGCACCCUGACCCCCCAACUACUCUUACCUACAGCCCCCCCACCCUGGAUGUAUCCCGUUCAGCAAAGACGUGUGACUGCAAACACAGCUCCCCACCCCCUCCUCCCUCCCCAAAUCCCUGCUUGGCUUGGCUGUGGAGCGUAGAGCAGAGGCCAUCGGCAGGAGACACGACCCGACCCGAUCCAACCCGACCCAAACCCUCCUAUUAGCUCCCUGCACUCUCCGCUUCAUGUGGCAGCGUUCUCAGGAUUCUUAAAGCACUCGACUAUGAAGCUUCCCAGCUUUGAUUUAGUUCUCUUUUUUCUUUUGUCUGUUGUUCUCGUUGUUUGUUUGUUUCUUUCUUUCUUUUCUUUUUUUUCUCUUUUUACACAUAAGAGGUUUGUCCUGUAUUAUAUUAUUAUAUUAUAUUUUUUAUCGUUAAGGUUUCAGACCUGCACUCCGCGGACAACAAAAGGGCAAAAAAAAAAAAAUCUGCCCUUUUGACUGAGUAAGGAAAAAAAAGAAAACAGAGAGAGAGAAAGAGAAAGAAAAUGUUAAUGCUUUACCUGUACAGAAAGGUUUGCCUAUUUAUUUCGAACCCUGGCUGGCUGUGCUGUGCCACACUCCGAUGUGUUGCAACCAGCUCCAAGCUCAUCGUUCCUGAACCACACAAGGGCCGUUCACCAGUGGCAGCAGGUACUAGGCCGGAUGUGGCCCAGAUCUGAGCCGCAUCAGAGCCGGAUCUGAGCCAAACCCGCCCCAGUGUCCACUGCUCGGUGGACGGUUAUCCUGAUUUAAGUGCAAUAUAUGAUUUUCAUUUUUUAUUAUUUUCAUUUUUUAUCCUUUAUCCUGUUUUUAUUUGUUCCUUUGUUUUUGUUUCAAUUUUUUUGAGGAUAAGUGUUGAUUUUUAUGAGAAAGACAAUGGAUUGAACUCUGUUUUAACUUUAUUUGUAAGAGUUUAGUUGCAAAAACAAAAUUCAGCUUGAAGUUUGAUUUACACUUAUAAGGUAAAUAUAAACAGACAAGACUCCUGAUUUUAAAGUUUAAUUCUAACUGUGUUCACCUCGGCAGCUGGCAGCUGAGGAUAUAAAAAAAGGAUGUAAAUAAUAAUUCUUAAAUAAAUAAACAAAUGAAAAAAAAAACGAAUAAAAAAAAAUGACAAGCACACGAUGUCUCGCGGAUGUUCUGUGGGACGUGCCUGUAUCUAUGUAAAUAGGAGAGUCAGAGCUAUUAAAAAUGACAUGCAUUUGUGGGAAUACUGGGGAGUGAGGAGAUGGGCCAGACUGGCCCUGUCCUCUCUUUCUCCCUCCUGGUCAUACACUGCUUGUAAGGGGUUUUACAAAAUGUAUUUUAUCAUUUUCACUGUUUACAAGUCCAACGCAUCUCCUAAGAUAGCAAGCGGGAAAAAAAGAAAAAAAGAAAAAUGGAGUGAGUGAGAGGCGGAAAGAAGAUGAAACAUUUGGUGUCAUUUGCUGAAAUUCAAUAAAUCACUCGACUGGUUGAAAAAUA